ACAGGCUUUGCCUCAGAACCUCAUGAGCUGCCUAUCUAGACAGCGUUUCAGGCAUCACUGGGGCGUUCCGAGUGAUGCUCAAGAUGCUGAUUAGUUGGAUGCGCAAUAGUUUUUGAGACGCGGCCGUCAUUUCCAACUAAAAGAUGUUACGAGAGUGACUUAAGACGCAGUUCUGGUUUAAUCCUGUGACUCAGAUGUUACAGAAACAGGGGGAGCACCGAACGUGCAACUGCUCAUGUCUCACUCUCCAUAAAACCCACGAGCCCGAGAGUGUUUCAUCACACAGCAGCAACUACCUGAUCGACACGAGCUCUGCAAACAUAAACAAGCCUUUCCAAAUACAUUUUUGUGUUUACCCUGAAAACACAAGUUUGGAUUCACUGCAAAAAGAGGAAGAACAGAAGACCUCUGUCUCAAUCGCAAUAACUGACUUUCUCAACAGAGAGCAGGAUGGAAAAGAUGAAGGACAGUAAGGGGAAACAGGUGACAUGGUGCCUCAUGUUCUGCGUGUCCACGGCUGUCAUCGGCUCCUUGCAGUUUGGCUUCAACACAGGCGUCAUCAAUGCACCCGAUGUGAAAGUGAAGAACUUCAUCAGAAACGUGACUGUGGAGCGCACUGGAGAGCUAAUGGAUGAAUCCACAUUGACGACAUUGUGGAGUGUAACAGUUUCCAUUUUCAAUGUUGGCGGCAUGAUCGGGGCUCUUAGUGUUGGCACUCUAGUUGACAAACUAGGGAGACGGAAAUCCAUGCUUCUGUCCAACAUCCUGGCUCUGAUUGGUGGACUCCUGAUGGGUUUAUCCAACAUGUGCACCUCUUAUGAGUUGAUAAUAGUGGGUCGUCUUGUUAUUGGUGCAUUCUGUGGCCUGUGUACAGGAUUGACGCCCAUGUAUGUGGGUGAAAUUGCUCCAACAGCACUGCGAGGGGCUUUUGGUACCCUUCACCAGCUCGGUGUGGUCAUCGGCAUCCUAAUUGCACAGAUCUUAGGUCUGGAGUCAUUGCUGGGGUCUCAGUCUUUGUGGCCAUUGUUGUUGGCUCUGACGGCAGUGCCUGCAGUGUUACAGAGCGUCAUGCUGAUCUUCUGCCCGGAGAGCCCUCGAUACCUGCUGAUCUCUCUGAACCAGGAGGAUGAGGCACGCCAAGUGCUGAUACGUCUUCGUGGGCAUUCAGAUGUGGAGGAUGACAUUCGUGAGAUGAAGGAAGAGGCCAUGAAGAUGUCCAUGGAGAAGAAGGUUUCUAUUCCUGAGCUGUUCCGUAACACCGCUUACAGACAGCCCAUUAUUAUUGCCAUAAUCCUGCAGCUGUCUCAACAACUGUCCGGCAUCAACGCUGUAAUUUAUUACUCUACGGAGAUCUUCAGAAAUGCAGGUAUCACUGGGCCAGUCUUUGCCACCAUUGGAGUGGGUGCAGUCAACACUCUCUUCACUGUCAUCUCUCUCUUCCUGGUGGAGAGGGCAGGAAGAAGAACACUUCAUAUGAUCGGUCUGGCUGGAAUGGCUGUCUGUACUCUGCUUAUGACCAUUUCUCUUAAACUUGUGAACCCUACAGGAGCAACGGCAGAAAGUAGUGCUAAUAUGACUGCCAUCUCCGAAUCUGCAUCUGCAGGGGGAACUUCAGCAAUCAGCAUUCUGGCCAUUCUGGCAGUGUUUGGAUUUGUGGCCAGUUUUGAGAUGGGACCAGGACCAAUCCCAUGGUUCAUAGUGGCAGAGUUAUUCGCUCAAGGUCCACGUCCGGCAGCCAUCGCUGUGGCGGGAUGCUGCAACUGGACUGCCAGCUUUCUUGUCGGACUGCUUUUCCCAAAACUAUUGAAACUGUGUGAUGCGUACGUCUUUAUCAUAUUCCUCAUUCUCCUUAUCAUCUUCUUCGUGUUUACCUACUUCCGGGUUCCCGAGACCAAAGGCCGGACGUUUGAGGACAUCGCCAGUGGGUUUUCCAAUGCUGCAAGUUCCAAUGCUGCCAACUACACGUCCCCAGAGGAUGCCAUCACAAUGCCAGUAUCCCCGUCAUCAGAGAAGGUUCAGAUGACUGAAUUGGCUGGCCAGGAGAAAAGCUGAGCAAACCUAUA